UUCAUUAUAGGCGACGGCAGAGCGUUAUAUUAUUGAACAGCAUGAUAGGAACUCAUUUAGCAAGGCUGCGAUUUAUUCCAUGAUUACUCCUAAUUUAUGAAUAAGGCUCACCAGCCGUCUCAACCAAUCAACUUGAUUGCUUUCAACGCUUGGAACCAAUCCAUCAAUCAAACCAAUCAAUCAUGGAUACUACACGAAAGGUGGGCAUAAAAAUCGCCAACGAAAACAAGUUUAAAACUUUCAGUGAAACAUACAAGUUAUGUGCGUUUGCAUUGGCCAUAGCAUACAUUUAUCCAAAUAAGGCAACAGCAAGAAAAAGAUUAAAAAUGUUACUAAUAACUAUUGCAUUGAAUAUUAUAGAGCUGUACUGGUACAUGUGUUACCUCAUUGUGUGCAUCAUCAGAAUGGAUAUCUACAAUUUUACACGACAAAUAACAAUUGGCAUUAUAAUUUCGCUGUAUUUGUUCAAAGCGUUUUAUGGUAUUUUCGUGACCGAGAAAUUUGAGCACAUCCUUCAAGAGAUCACUGACGAUUUACUCCGGGGCAACGAACUGUCUAUGGAUUUACAAGAAAUAUAUUUUAUCUAUAUAAAACGUGCUAAGAUAGCACAGGCUUGUUGGACGGUCAUCCCGUUGCUUUUGGGCACACAGUUCACCAUUUACUCAGCUGUGUGCAUGAUCUAUGAAUACAUGACGACUGAUCUCUGGAACCGUUAUAUGGUACAUGAAAUGGAAUUGCAACACAUACAGCAUUUACAAUAUAGAACUCCAUAUUUUGAGACAAUUUUUGCUUACAAUUGUAUCCAAUCACUAAUUCUGGCUCCAAAUUAUAGCGGUUUUGAUGGAUCAUUCUGCAUAGCUACAACUCAUAUGUGUUUGAAGUUAAAAAUAGUAGGGUAUUCAGUGCAAAAAGCAUUUAAAGAUAUCAACGAUAGGAAAGACCUUCGAAAGAAAAUGAAAAGUCUGAUCGAAGAACAUCAAAAGGCAUUAUUGUUUCAUAGAAAAAUGCAAAAUGUUUAUGGUGAAUGGUUGUUUAUGGUAUUUCUCCUGACGUCAAUAUUAAUAUCUUUUAACGUCUACCAAAUAUAUUGCAUCGGACGAAUUGAUCCCAAGUACACUAUAUUCACAUUAAGCGCAGUUCUGCACAUGUUCCUACCCUGCUACUACGCUAGCGAUUUGAUACAGGCAAAUGACGAAUUUCAGAGAGAUAUAUACAACGCCCGCUGGGAGACCACCGGCGACCCUGUAGUGUCCAGAUACCUCACGUUCAUGAUCGCCAGGUCCCAGCAGCGGCUCAUCCUCACCGGCAAAGGAAUAGUCACGUUUGACAUGCAACUCUUCGUCACCAUCUUACACACUUCAUACUCUUUCUUUACUUUGAUAUCGACAAAGUAAAAUUGUUGUAUAAAAAGUUACAUUAUAGAUAUAUUGACACUAGCUGCGCUCCGGGGCUUCACUUCCGCGGGAGUUCCGGGAUAAAAAGUACCGUAUGUGUUAUUUCAGGUUAUAUUCUACUCGUGUACCAAAUUUCAGAACAAUCAGUCCAGUAGAUUUUGCGUGAAACAGUAACAAACAUACAUAUACACACAUCCUCACAAACUUUCACAUUAAUAAUAAUAUUUGUGUAAGUAAAGAUAAUGCACAUUUAUCCUUGUUAUAGCGCUCGCUUGGCGACUCGCGCAGUAAUUUCAGCUUCAUUGUGUAGUGAGCAACAUAGCAUACAAUUACGUCACUACUUUGUUCACUCCUUAUAAUUUCUGAAAGAUAAUAAUUUAUUUAGUUUAAAAAAUAAGUAACUGGAAAUUAAAUGAAAAUCCCUGACGAUUCAAUUUAAAGAUUUUUAUUUCACUUUAUGCCUUAUGGUGGUGUCAGUCAAAUUGGCAGUACCACUUCAAAGUAGGUAUUUGUAACAAAUAGCUGUGACCCCUGACUCCGGUCUAUAGGUCAUUGAGCUUGUGGAUUGCCGACCUGAUGCAGUGAAUGAGGUUAUAAAUGUAUUAAUAUCGUAUGAUUUCAUUUUGUUCCAUAUUUAUUUUGUUUCAUUCUCAUCUCAACUCAUUACGUUGAUUAGGCAAAAUAAGUAUGCCUUAGGAUUAUGACCUACAUUUCAAUACUUAAUAAGCGUUGGUAAAUUAUUGUUAUUUUAUAUAACCACGUCUAACAUAGGUAUAUAUUAGAAAUAAAAAACUACAGUGUAGAAAAUUUCUCCAAAUUCGACCACGCAUAAGAGCCAGUGCGGUUCAGAAAAAAAACGCGAUCACUUCACUGGAACGGGCGUGACGUAAGAAGCGGAGGCAGCAACGGUACGCUGCCAGCAUGAUAGCUAUCGCACCGACUCAACGAUAGCAAAAGUGUCUG